GGCUCGGGGUCUCCUCUAGUCAUUAUGAAUUUCUAUGAUCUUGACGUUUCACGGAGGGACAGUCGAGCAACUGAGGAAGUUUACUGUUUGAAGAGUGCCUAGUUUGAAAUACGUUUCACCUGAGCGCGUAUUUAGUUGAAGGAAUUAUGCAGUGUGGAGGCAGAUCAUCAUGCAGUGGAAGAAGCAGAUUGCUGGACUGACGUUUAGCUUCGUGUUCGCCGUGUCCCAUUUCACCAAUAAGUUUGUCCUGUCUGUUCUAAAAUUCACCUAUCCUACCUUAUUUCAAGGAUGGCAGACAUUCAUCGGGGUUCUGCUGCUUCUGCUCUCUGCACAGCUGGGAUGGGUGGAAAUAAGUCAUGUGAGCAGGUCUGCAGCUGUUUCCUGGCUUCCAGGCUCGAUGUUGUAUGUAGGAAUCAUAUAUGCUGGUUCCAGGGCUUUGUCCCAAAUAGACAUUCCUUUAUUCUUCACCCUUCAGAAUUCCUCACAUGUUGUUAGCUACAUAAUCCUGAAGCUCAUGCACAGAGAGAAAACACACUGGCUGAAAUUUAUCAGCAUUUGUCUAAUACUGCUUUCAGGAAUCUACCUGCCACUCUAUGACCCUCAGUUUGAAUUUAACAGUUAUGUGUGGGCUCUUGGUCAUUUGUUCUCAGUGGCUGCUUACAGGGUCUUUGAAGUUCAUCACAAGUCCACAAACUUCAGUGAUGUUGAGCAGCAGUGCAUUAACUACAUGCUCAGCGUACUGUUGCUAGCUGUUGCUGCAUAUCCAACUGGUGACCUCAUGGCUGUCUUGGAGUUCCCUUCCCUUCACUCUUACACAUUUCACUGCAGCUGUUGCGCCAGUGCUUUGUUGGGGUUUUUGCUGUUGUUGGCCACAGUCAAACUAAAAAGUGGGUUAUCCACCGAGCACUUCACAGUCUGGAUUUUUUUGUCCAAGAUUACUGCCAUGGUCCUCUCUCCAUUUAUUUUUGAAAUUAAUAUUAAUGCUUCUUCUCUUUUAUGUGUGGUCAUCAGUCAUGUUGGAGAGGCCCUGAUGAUAUAUUCUGAGAGAGAAUCUCACCAGUAGUGAGACAGUGGCAGUGUUAAAAAUAAAAUCUAUUUCAUUUCAUGUUUUUAUAUUCUUGUUUGUUCCCGAGUUAUAUGCCGACUCAAUAAAUAUAUAUUUUUAAAUAUCA